AUGCGUGAUUCCAAGGGAGACGUUGAGCAGCUCUGUUUGAAACUACAAGAAUCAACUAAACUCAAACGCAAUGGUAAAUGCAUCAAGUUUACCAAUAAUGCCCACAAUACCACGAUUGCCAUAGAUUCGUGGAAAUUUCUUGAUUUCGACUACGGAAAGGAGAAAGUACAACUACCAAUCCAAGCUAGAGGUCUAUUCACUACAAACAACGAAUCAAUAGUAGUAAGAGGUUAUGACAAGUUUUUCAACGUGGGCGAAAAGAGCUUUACAAAGGAAGAUGAGUUGAAAAAAACAUCGGGCCCUUACGACGUCACUUUGAAGGAAAAUGGAUGCAUUAUAUUCAUCAGUGGAUUGUCAACGGGGGAUAUACUCGUGUGUUCGAAACAUUCAACGGGAUUAAGAGGAGAGGAUAACACGAGAAACCAUGCACUAGAAGGAGAAACUCAGUUGCGUAAACAAUUGGGAGACGAACGUGUGGCGCAAUUGGCUCGUUAUUUGUAUGAGCACAACUUAACAGCGGUUACCGAGUUAUGUGAUGACGAAUUUGAGGAACAUGUGUUGCCAUAUCCCAAGGACAAGUCGGGGUUGUACUUGCACGGGUUAAACUAUAACACAAUCAAAUUCCAAACUGUCCCUAUUGGAGAUGUGGUGAAGUUUGCCCAAGAGUGGGGAUUCAAAACUAUUGAAUACCUCCAGUUUGACCAUGUCAAUAAGCUCUUUGACUUCUUACACAAGUGUAGUGAGACAGGUACUUACAAUGGCCGUGAAGUUGAAGGGUUUGUCAUUCGCUGUAAGCGUGAUGGCGAUGAUUUCUUUUUCAAGUACAAAUUUGAAGAACCAUAUUUGUUGUAUCGUCAAUUCCGAGAAGUUACAAGACAAAUAUUGAGUGGGACUCCAGUAACAUCGGUAAAGAUUAAAAAGAACAAGUACAUCACUAGAAAGUAUCUUGAAUUUGUCGACAAGUUGUUUACCGAGAAGCCAGAAUUGAAGCUGGAUUUUGAGCAAGGCCAUGGAAUUAUUCACGUGCGGCAGUUGUUCUUGCAGGACUUGCACGAGACGAAUGGUAUGAAUUUACUCUCCCUAGAUGCCAAGCUCACCGAAGAAAUGAAAAAGUUGAAUGUGGAUACUGAUGAAGAAACGACAAAGUUCUUACUUGUGUCCAUAUCUACAUUGGGCUGUGGCAAGACAACCGUAUUCAAUACGCUACACUCACUAUUCCCCGAUUGGAUCCAUAUACAGAAUGAUAACGUGGCCAGAAAGGCAAAAUUGAAAAUUACCGACUUGGCGCUACAGGCCUUGGAUAACUACCCAGUGGUGAUAUUUGAUAGGAACAAUUCUGAAUAUAGAGAAAGGAAGCAGAUUUUCACCACUAUUGCCGAAAAAAGACACUUGUACUUGGACGAAAAGACGGAUAUCAAGUAUAUCGGUAUUAAUUUUGUUCAUGAAGUGAAUCAAGAACAACUCUGGAAUAUCACGUUUGACAGGAUCAAGAAACGAGGUGACAACCAUCAGCUGUUGAAGGCGGAGUCGGACGAGGAAUUGACUACGAAAGUAAUGAAGGGAUUUAUGUCGCGAUUUCAACCAGUAAAUACCGAACGUCUUCCGGACUCUCAAUUUGAUCUUGUCAUCAACUUAAAGUUGAGUGAACAGGAUUCGUCGUUGGAGAAUGUAAAGAUUAUCAUUGAUGAGUUGUCGAAAGUAUAUCCUCAAUUGGUCAAGAAUAAACCAUCAGGUGAAGAAAUUGAAGCCAAAUUUAGAGAGAGUUUGGCGUAUAAGCCAUCAUUUACAAAGGAUAUGUCAAAAAGCAACAAAAACUAUGACCCAACGUACUACGCAAUCUCAAUUCACCGUCAAAACAUAUUAGAUUUACUUGAUGAGCUUCGUAAUAACCAUGAAUACAAUCGAUUGAAUGAGGCAAAGUUGGUGCAAGAGUCAUUCCACGUGACAUUGGCCCAUGUUGCCCAAGCCAAGGGUCCUGAAAACAAACGCAAAUGGAAAGACAUGAAAAGGAUCUUGGGCAAAGGCAAAGGUGUCAGAAAUGAAAAGAAUUUUCUCGAAUUUCACGCUAAAGUGAAACUUAUCCAGUUUGUUAUGAACAGAGGUAAGUUAAUUUGCAUCAAGUGUGAAAUCAUAUCAAUUCACGACAACAAGAAUAACCAAGUGGUUGAUAUCGAACCUGUAAAUAGACACAUUCACAUUACUGUUGGCUGUUUCCCACCUGCAAAAGCAGUUGAUUCAAAUGCAACGUUGGAGGAGUUAUAUAAUGAUGAUCCUCAUGAGGUCAAGAAAGACGGUGUUUAUGAAGUUGGCGAAGAUGUGAUUGAGGUGAAAAAUCUUGAGGCGCUGCUGGUUGAGUUGGCGGAUCAGAAGAUAUUUGCGUUUUACUAG